AUGCUCAUCUUGCUUACACGUGUACAGGGUCUCGAUAACGGGUGGUGGUCAACCCUCCUUGGUUCCCAAACGUUCCUUCGGGACUAUGGCAGUUGUGCUAUUGUCGACGGUGUCAAAACCUGCAACCUCUCCACCAGCAAGCAGUCGGCCGGUAGCUCUGUGCAGUCCGGUGGAAUUAUGGUUGCGUGCAUGAUAGCCCCCUACAUCAACGACUACUUGGGACGCAGAUACUCGAUUGUCGCCACUGCAGUUAUCUCGAUUAUCGGAAUUAUCAUUGAGAUGACCAGUGCAGCGGGAGAAAAGGCUCGGUUUGGCCAAUUCGUGGGCGGCAAGGUCAUCGCGUCUUUGGCCAUGGGUCUUUGUGCCAAUAUUGUGCCAAUCUACCUCUCCGAGACCUCGACACCGAGGGCCCGAGGUGCCGCAGUCGGCCUGUAUCAGAACGUGCUGAUGAUCGGUGCUAUCGUUGCUUCGGGGACUGUGUACGCCACGUCGACUCGAACGGAUUCUUCCGCCUACCUGAUUCCCAUGGGCCUGCAGCUUAUUCCGCCGGCCGUCAUGAUCACAGCUUCGCCAUUCCUACCCGAGAGUCCGCGUUGGCUAGUCUGGAAAGGGCGCCUCGAUGCGGCGCGACAAGCCUCCGACCGAUUGUUCAAGACAAAGACCAAUGGAUUCGACGCCGUCGAGUACGUGAACUCCCUCGAGAUAUCCGUCGAAGAGGAUCGCAGCCACAGCGACAGAUUCCAUGGCUGGACCGAUGUAUUCCGCGGGCCGGAUCUCCGCCGCUUCCUCAUCGCCACUGGUAUCCAAUGUUUGCAACAGGCCCAAGGAUCGAGUUACAUGAACAACUACAUCGUCUCGUUUCUACAGGCAGCAGGCGUAUCGGAUUAUUUCCCCAUUGUUAUGGCCAUUAACGUCAUCUACUGGGCCUCCAUUCUCAGCGGUCACUACCUUCCGGACAAAUUCGGACGUCGUAUUAUCCUAUACUAUUCUACUGGCUUCUGUGGUGUCUGUCUCCUGAUCGUGUCCAUCAUCAACACGGUGAUCAAGAACAAGAACAGUGCAACCUCCAAGGCUGCCAUCGCCCUGAUUUGCCUAUGGAAUGUCGGGUUUGGAGUCCUAUCACCACUUGUCUGGAUCACCACCGCUGAGGCCGCCCCAACUCGCAACCGUGAGAGAGUUCUCGCCACGGCUGUCUUCUUUGGUUUUGGGGUCUCGCUCUUGAUUAGUUCGGUUUCGCCCUUUAUCCAGGACCCCGGAUAUGGUAAUCUAGGAGCCAGGAUUGGGUUUAUUUGGUCUUCAUUCUCUUUCGUCACUAUUGUUUGGGUGUUCUUCUUCCUUCCCGAGAUGAAAGGCUUCUCUCUCGAGCAGCUCGACUACUUGUACAAGAACAAGACGCCAACUCGGAAGUUUGGAAAGAUCAAGUUUACCGAUGAGAUCUUGGCGGAUGAGCUGGUACAAAAGAAACAAAUUCUGCAGGGUGAAGUCGUCGACACCGAGAAUGAAGUGGUUGACACCGAGAAUGUGACAUUUGAGAAGAAAGAGUAG